ACCUUUUCCCAAGGUGAGACCAACGGAUGGUUGCCAUGAAUUCAACAUGCACUGCUAUAUAUUGGCACAGUAUUUGCAAUAAUUCUAUUGUUUUAUGGUAAAUAGAUACUACAGAAAUGCAGGGUCCAGUCAUGUGGCAUCAGACCCAGGGGCAGUGGCUCCAGAGCGCCCACCAGGUGCACAAUCCUUACAUGGGAGACCUCAUCCAGUCUGUCCCCAAGAGGUUGUGUGUCAGCCAGUACCGCAGUAGUGUUCCUUACUGGCUCCCCCAUCACAAACUGCACCCUGACCCGCACCCUACACACUGGUGGCCUGAGGCCUGCAACGUGGCCAACCAAGCUGAGCGCCCCUGCUCCUACAAGCACAGGUUUAUGAAUGUCAGGAUGUGGUCGGGAGUCACCACAGGGCCUCACCCACAACCCAGCUUCCUCCCUCAGGCUGGUGACAGCACCUGUUUGGCAGCUUGGCAGAAGGCUGUAGGGCCUUUACUCCAGAGCCCGGGUCCUGUGGCAGGACCAACCAUUCUGACCCAGGUCAGUGAGACACACCUGCAGGGAGCAAGGGACAGCUGCCUCCCCAAGGCCACCUCACUAGAGGAGGCCAUGAAGAUCUUUCAAUGUGAGCCUGUGCCCCAACAGGCUUCUCCGAUUCCUUUUCAGGAGCUGGGGUCAAUUCCCACCCAGGUUUCAGAUGAGGCUCCUUCUCACUACACCAUGGACCACUCUUUGGACUACGAGGACUUGGAGGCCUGUGUGCAGCGGCUACUGGACGCCCACACCUCGACGGAGGCUCAGGACGCCUCAGUGGCAGCAGAGGAGUCUGGGAUGGAGUUUGACUAUGAGAUGGACAGCUUGGGCCAACUUUGUGACCUCUAG